GAGACGUGAAUAGUGUUUUAUGACUUUUAGUUCUUGUCUUACAUACCUUCCCCUGUCCUAUUCCCUGAUCGAACCAUUUCGAUUUUCUCACGCAAAAACAAAAGAAAAAAUAAAAAAAUAAAACGUGAAACAACUACCGCCAAACGCCGUCGUAAUAGAGUGGUGCGUUCUGUGCACUCGCCGUUUCUCAGAUUUGUUAAACGCUAUGCCGAGAGUUUCUGAGAUUUUUUUAGUAUGUGGCUUAUUUCUCAGCUUCUUUUCAGGAUUGGCGUUAUCGGCAGUGGUGACUUUGGAUUCGAUUGAGAUAUACAGAACCCAUGAGUUGUUGAAAUCUGUGAAGCCAGAUGUGUAUUUUCAAUGCAAAGGGGAGAACAGAACCCAUUUGCCGGAUGUGAAGAAGGCGAAUGAAUUGUAUGAAUUCAGAGGCGAAGAGUCUUGGCAGCCUCUAACAGAACUUUCUGAGAAAAAAUGCAAGCGCUGUGGAUUGUAUGAGAAGGAUGUAUUCAAGUCGGAUGAUAUAUUUGAGGAGUGGGAGUUUUGUCCUUCUGAUUUCAAUUCUGAUGGAAAAUACUUCAAAUUCAAGGACAAGGAAGUGAAUGCUACUUUCUCUUGUCCACAGUGUAUACCAUUUGCUACUGCAAACAAAUCGAGCUCUGAGUUGCAUAAAGGAGGAAAAGGAGUGCAUGUUGCUCUGGUAAUACUGAUCACUGCUGUUGUUUCCACUGUAUUGGUUUUUGGAUUGCUAGCUGUGUACAAGUAUUGGCAAAAGAAAAAGAGACAGCAAGAUCAAGCUCGGUUCUUGAAGCUGUUUGAAGAUGGGGAUGACAUUGAGGAUGAACUUGGUUUGGGAAUGUAAUAUGAUUGGUAAGAAUAGCUUCGUUUAAACUGUGUACAGUACAGUAAGUUGAUCUUACAGAAAUUUUGCUACUGUGAAGAGGAAAAAGGGAAAGAAAAAAAAAGCUAAUGUUAUUAUUGAUAGGGAGCAAUUAACUUUUUACGGAAGUAGUUUGACAGAUGGCGUUGCAAUGACAUAGCAUGUUAUGCAAUGUACAACAAACUACAAGUAGUUAAAGUGCAUGUGGUGCUUCAACAUGUUAUGAGAAACCCAGAACAAAUAGUAGAGAAGAAAAAAAAAAGUAUUGGUAUUUGCUAGAAAUUAUGUUGAGUGCGUUAUGUUACCUUCGAAACUGGGUCGAGUAUCUGAAAAUAGAGAAAGAAAGUGGUAUUGUAUGGUAUGUAUGUAAAAUAUAGUAUAGGUCGUAACUUCGAUUUCUGAUUUGUACAAACAUUUUAAUACAAUUGAAAAGGAGAUGUAAAGCUUAGUUAUAAUUUUAA